AUGGCGUCUCACUUCGACACCAACUUCGUGGCAGCACUCUUACAUGCACUCUUUGUCAUUCAAGCCCUGCAAUUCAGUCAUUCCAAAGCCUCAACAAAUAUAAGUUGCAUUCGCGUCGAGAGGGAAGCUCUCUUGAAGUUCAAGCAGAAUCUCACCGAUCCUUGGAGACGUCUGUCAUCUUGGACCGGCGAGCAUUGUUGCGAAUGGGAAGGAGUGGAAUGCAACAAAAAGAAUGGUCACAUCUUGAAACUCGAUCUUAAUAAUUAUGAUUAUGGCUCCGAGCGCAGCCUGGGAGGAAAGGUACAUCCUGCUCUUAGCGAAUUGAAGCAUAUAAAUUUGUUAGACCUCGGCUCCAACAAUUUCAGUGGUCAUCUACCCAAUCAAUUUGGAAAUUUCAAAGAUCUGGAAUCCCUUGAUCUUUCAUUUAACUCUUUUUCAGGUCCUAUUCCUCCCACUGUGGGUCAAUUAUCAUCUUUGAGACAUUUGGACCUCUCUUAUAACCAUUUGAGUGGAAGCAUUCCAGAAAGUAUUGGACGACUAUCCAAUCUAACAUGGAUGAUAUUUGAUUAUAAUCGAUUGGAUGGAGUUGUCAACGAACUUCACUUGGCAAAUCUCACCAGCUUGGAUUGGCUUAGCUUGUCGUCAAACGAGCUUGUUAUAAAUGUUAGCGCAUCUUGGGUUCCUCCUUUCCAAGUAAGUAUUAUUGACUUGUCAAGUUGCAAAGUGGGACCAGAAUUCCCAAAUUGGCUACGAAGUCAGAGGCACAUUUCUACGUUGUUCAUGUCAAAUGCUAGCAUCUCAGGUGAAGUACCCCAUUGGCUACCUAAUGUUUUAUCACACAUUAGGAUUUUAGAUCUCUCGGGCAAUAUGCUUAAAGGCGACAUAUCCAAGAUUAUCGGAGAAAAGACCCCACAAUUAUCGGCCAUGUUACUUUCUAGAAAUAAUCUCACUGGCGACAUUUCAAAUUCAUUUUGCACAUUACAUGAAUUGAAAUUGCUUGAUCUCUCUAAGAACCAAUUAUCUGGGAGACUUCCGCGAUGUUGGGGGAAGUCGGUUCCUUCUUUGAGAUGGAUUUUAUUGGGAGAAAACAAGUUAAAUGGUCCGAUUCCAAGCUCUCUAUGCAAUUUGGAGAUAUUGAAAUUUCUAGGCCUACAUAAGAAUGGCUUCAACGGAGUGCUUCCAGAAUGUUUAGUAAAGCUAGAUUUGCAUAUUCUCGAUCUCAGUGACAAUCUAUUCACUGGAAAAAUACCUCCUUUUACCUCUGAAGAAUUUGAGGUAAUUGAUCUCGGGAGAAAUUACUUCACCGGGGACAUUCCUUUGUCGUUGUGCCGCUUUCCUCAUCUCCAUUAUUUAAGCCUAGCACAUAACAACCUCUCCGGAGGCAUUCCUCCUUGUUUUACCAACUUCUCUCAGAUGCGGGCCAACAGUAAUUUUACUCCGUCGACGUGGGCCAAGAGUAUUUUUACUCCGUCGACUUCGGGAUAUGUGUGGAGGCCGUGGUUUCCCAUUAUGGUUGAUAUGAAAGGAACAAGCCGAGAAUUUACCAGCACACUCUCAUAUUUGUUUUCCAUUGACCUUUCAAGCAACGCUUUAGAAGGACAAAUACCGGAAGGGCUAACUAGGCUUGCUCGACUUCAGAAUUUCAACCUCUCCCGAAAUAGGCUGAUUGGAAAAAUCCCUUCUGAUAUUGGCAACUUGACAUAUUUGGAAUCGCUUGAUCUAUCCAAUAAUAAGCUAUCGGGUGAAGUCCCUCCUAGCAUAUCCAAUUUAGGCUUUCUAAGUAGUCUGGAUCUUUCCUUCAACAGUUUAUCUGGUCGUGUUCCAUCAGGCAAUCAGUUAAGCACUCUGGAUGCUCAAUCUGUUUAUCGCGGCAACGAUGAGCUUUGCGGAGCUCCUCUUUUGAAAGCUUGCCCUAGGGAUGACCAUAAUGAUAUGGACAGACGAGGUGGCCACAAUAUGAACGAAGAUGAGUCUCAUGAAGGUGACUCCGUUGUUGCUUGGUUUUAUUCAGGACUGGGACCGGGUUUCACAGCGGCAUUCUUGGGAUUCUGUGGCAUAUUACACUUCAAGCAAACUUGGAGGAUCUCCUAUUUCCGGGCAGUGGAUAGGAUUAUCGAAAAAUUGUUGAUUGUGAAGAUGGUUAUCUUGUUAUGGUUCAAGAGGGCUUUUCAAUUUUAG